CGGAUUUGCUCGUACAGGUGCAAAACAUACGAGGGCGGCCGGUGAUAGUCGGCGAACUCACCGUCUCAAACGGUCAAAACGCUACUCAGGCGAUUCGUUUUCGACGUCUUUGAUCAUCGUCAACCCUCGGUUGCUUGAUAUAGAAGAGAGAAAACAGGGCCGGAGUUUUCUUGAGUGGAUUUCGGACAGUCCUUAUAGCAGAUUUUAUUGAACUAGAAACCCUAAUUUGUCUGACCGGGCUAGUACAGGCGGUGAAAGAUGGGGAAGAAACAGCACAGCAAAGAUCGAAUGUACAUCACUAAAACGGAAUGGGCAACAGAGUGGGGUGGCGCUAAAUCAAAAGAAUCCGGCACACCUUUCAAACGCCUACCCUUCUAUUGCUGCGCUCUUACAUUUACGCCGUUUGAGGAUCCUGUCUGCACAGCUGACGGCAGCGUCUUUGAGAUAUUGAGAAUAAUUCCCUACAUAAGAAAGUAUGGGAAGCAUCCUGUUACUGGAGCUUCACUAAAGCAAGAGGAUCUUAUUCCUCUUACCUUCCACAAGAAUGAUGAAGGAGAGUAUCAUUGCCCUGUACUAAACAAAGUUUUUACUGAAUUUACACACAUUGUUGCUGUAAAGACCACAGGAAAUGUUUUCUGCUAUGAGGCGAUUAAAGAAUUGAACAUCAAAACCAAAAAUUGGAAAGAGCUCCUGACCGAUGAACCGUUCUCUAAGGAAGACCUUAUUGUUAUUCAGAAUCCCAAUGCUCUUGACAGCAAGGUUACCCAAGAUUUUGAUCAUGUUAAGAAAAGUCUGGAAGUGGAUGAUGAAGAACUAAAGGGAAUGGCCUCUAACAUAAACAUUGCUGGGGAUAUCAAGCAAAUGCUGGAGGAGCUUGGGACUGAAAAGGGAAAGCAAACCGCACUCCUCGGGGGAGGUGGCAGCAAGGCACAAAAUGAAAGGGCUGCGGCACUUGCUGCCAUACUAGCAGCAAGGUCACGUGUUAAAGAGGAUUCCCAACCAAAUCCAAGUGGAGAGGUUAAAGCUCCAUCUUUUAGCAUAGUAGAUGCUGCAUCUGCAGCAGUACAUGGAAGGAGUGCGGCUGCAGCAAAAGCCGGAUCAAGUGAUAAAACUGCUGCUCGGAUAGCCAUGCACAUGGCUGGAGACAGGGCACCUGUGAAUGCAAAGCUGGUUAAGAGCCGUUACACCACUGGUGCUGCUUCUCGAUCUUUCACUUCGACAUCUUAUGAUCCUGUCACUAAGAAUGAAUUUGAAUAUGUUAAAGUUGAAAAAAAUCCAAAGAAGAAAGGCUAUGUUCAGAUGCAUACAACACAUGGUGACUUAAACAUCGAGCUACAUUGUGACAUAACUCCUAGGACAUGUGAGAAUUUCAUCACGCUCUGUGAACGUGGCUACUAUAAUGGGGUAACUUUCCACAGGAACAUUCGGAAUUUCAUGAUCCAAGGUGGUGAUCCUACUGGCACUGGAACAGGAGGUGAAUCCAUAUGGGGAAAGCCUUUUAAAGAUGAAGUUAACUCAAAACUGCUUCAUUCUGGAAGGGGCGUUGUUAGCAUGGCUAACAGUGGUCCCCACUCAAAUGGUUCCCAGUUUUUCAUCCUUUACAAAUCUGCAAAUCAUCUCAACUUCAAACAUUCAGUUUUUGGCAAUGUUGUUGGUGGCUUAACUGCACUGGCAGCAAUGGAAAAGGUUCCCAUUGAUGACAAUGACAGACCUUUGGAGGAGAUUAAGAUUACUGGUGUGACCAUUUUUGUCAAUCCUUACACAGAACCUGAUGAAGAAGAUGAGAAGGCCAAAGAUGAAAAGAAUGCCAAGGAGGAUGGUGAAAAUGAUAAGAUUGGGUCAUGGUAUAGCAAUCCUGGCACAGGAGCAACAGAAUCCGGAGCUGUGGGAGGUGGUGGAGUAGGGAAGUACUUGAAGGUGAAUAAUGCUCAGAAUAAAUCUGCUAUCACUGACGCCAGUUUGACAGCGGCUGCUGUAACAAAGAAAAGGAAAGUUUCAUCAGGAGAAUUUAAAGAUUUUUCCGGCUGGUGAGAGUUCUCCAGAAGUGAAAAAGAUACUCAUUUCAUCCAGCAUCAAGACAUUACUUCAGAGGUGGCCGGUGGGAAAACAAUCGAUGCAGCGACUUUAUGUAGCAGAGGAGAUGCAUCGGACCAGAAAUUGCUGGUAAUGGUUACGAGUAUCAGGUCAAUUAGCUACUGACAUUACUUGUCGUUAGCGGUCCUAGUUCUAGUAAUCAUUUUUUCAGACAUCAAAUUUGCAAGAGCUAUGGAUGACUAGCCAUAUGUGUUGAUGCUUUCCAACCAGUCUUAGCUUGGACUUCAUUGUACUGUAUGAUGUAAAAUAUUUACAUGCAAUAUAUACACCAAACUCAUGUUCUUUUCAGUAA